AUGCUGAAGAGGAGAGGGUUGUUGUGGCUCGCUGUCUUGAUAACCCUGUGGUUUUCCUCAAAUGCUCAGGAUGGUGACAAGGAAGAGGAGACUACCUUUGAUUUACUUCAAGUCAGUAACAUAAACCGAAAGACAAUUGGAGCAAAGGUGUUCCGGGGCCCGGACCCCACCAUGCCAGCCUAUCGAUUCAUUCGGUUUGACCAUAUACCUCCAUGUAAACCAGAGAAACUAAAAAAGAUUGUAAAACUAAUACGGCAGAAUGAGGGCUUUAUCCUUUCAGCCACCCUGAGGCAGGACAGGCAAUCUAGAGGCACUGUCCUUGCUUUAGAGGGUCCUGGCAUCAGUGAGAGGCAGUUUGAGAUCAUUUCCAAUGGCCGGGCCAACACCCUGGACCUCAUCUAUUGGGUGGAUGGCUUCCAGAACGUGAUUUCCCUGGAAGACGUGGACCUUGCUGACUCACAGUGGAAGAACCUCACCGUUCAGAUAACGGGGGAGAACUACAACCUCUAUGUUGGCUGUGACCUUAUUGACAGCUUCAUCCUGGAGGAGCCUUUCUAUGAGCAGCUGAAAGCAGAGAGCAGCAGGCUGUACGUGGCGAAAGGGUCCACUCGGGAGAAUCAUUUCAGGGGUCUUUUGCAAAAUAUUCAGUUAAUCUUUGACACUUCAAUAGAGGAUGUUCUGCGUAAGAAAGGAUGCCAGAGAAGCCAGUCAACUGAAGUGAACACCAUCAAUGAGAGCACUGAAAUCCUUCACUUGAGCCCUGCUGUCACAACUGAGUACGUGGGUGAGAAACCGGAGAAGGCAGAGUUCUGUGACCGCUCCUGCGAAGAGCUGGGAUCAAUGUUCACAGAGCUCACCGGCCUGCGCAUCGUGGUCAACAACUUGGCUGAUAACCUCCAAAAAGUGUCUGAAGAAAACCAAAUCAUGUGGGAACUUAUUGGGCCUAACAAAACACUGAAGAACCAACCAGUUUGCUGGCAGGAUGGCCGUGUCUUUGCAGAUAAUGAAAGCUGGAUUGUGGAUAGCUGUACCAAGUGCAUUUGCCAGGAUUCCAAAAUUGUGUGCAAUCAAAUCACCUGCCCAGCAGUCUCCUGUGCCGAUCCAGCUUUUGUUGAAGGCGAAUGCUGUCCAGUCUGCUCUCACUCUGAUGACAGUGAGGAGGGCUGGUCACCAUGGUCAGACUGGACAAAGUGCUCAGUUACCUGUGGCUCUGGGACACAGAUGCGAGGAAGGUCAUGUGAUGUCACCAGGAGUGCUUGUACAGGCCCACACAUCCAGACUAGGAUGUGCAGCUUUAAGAAAUGUGACCAUCGCAUACGUCAGGAUGGUGGCUGGAGUCACUGGUCUCCCUGGUCUUCCUGUUCAGUUACCUGUGGAGUGGGAAAUAUCACCCGCAUCCGCCUCUGCAAUUCUCCUAUUCCCCAGAUGGGUGGGAAAAAUUGUGUGGGGAAUGGGCGUGAAACAGAGAAGUGUGAGAAGGUUCCAUGUCCAGUGAAUGGCCAGUGGGGUCCUUGGUCUCCGUGGUCUGCCUGCACUGUUACCUGUGGAGGAGGAAUUCGUGAGAGGUCUCGCCUCUGUAACAGCCCAGAGCCACAGUAUGGAGGAAAGCCAUGCGUGGGAGAUACCAAGCAACACGAUAUGUGCAAUAAGAAGGAUUGCCCAAUUGAUGGGUGUUUGUCAAAUCCUUGCUUUCCUGGAGCAGAAUGCAACAGUUACCCAGAUGGGUCUUGGUCAUGUGGGGCAUGCCCAGCAGGAUACCUUGGCAAUGGUACAGUGUGUGAGGAUCUUGAUGAGUGUCUAGCUGUGUCAGAUGUUUGCUUUAAAGUGAAUCAGAUUCAUCGCUGUGUGAACACAAAUCCAGGUUUCCACUGCUUGCCAUGUCCUCCACGCUAUAAAGGAAGUCAGCCCUACGGAGUAGGGCUCGAAGUUGCCAAGACAGAGAAGCAAGUCUGUGAACCUGAGAAUCCAUGCAAGGACAAGACACACAGCUGCCAUAAGUCUGCAGAGUGCAUCUAUCUGGGCCAUUUCAGUGAUCCAAUGUACAAAUGUGAAUGUAGGACAGGUUACGCUGGUGAUGGACGCAUCUGUGGUGAGGAUUCAGAUUUGGAUGGCUGGCCUAAUAAUAACUUGGUCUGUGCUGCUAAUGCAACAUACCACUGUGUGAAGGAUAAUUGCCCCCUUCUGCCUAACUCUGGCCAAGAAGACUUUGAUAAAGAUGGCAAAGGAGAUGCCUGUGAUGAGGAUGAUGACAAUGAUGGUGUUGAAGAUGACAAAGACAAUUGCCCUCUUCUUUUCAACCCUCGCCAGUUUGAUUAUGACAAGGAUGAAGUUGGUGACCGCUGUGACAAUUGCCCCUAUGUGCACAAUCCUGCUCAGAUUGACACAGACAACAAUGGGGAGGGUGACUCAUGUGCUGUGGACAUUGAUGGAGAUGACAUUUUUAAUGAACGAGAUAAUUGCCCUUACGUCUACAACACAGACCAGAGUGAUACAGAUGGUGAUGGAGUUGGUGAUCAGUGUGAUAAUUGUCCAUUGAUGCAUAAUCCAGACCAGACUGAUGCAGAUAAUGACCUUGUUGGUGACCAGUGUGACAAUAAUGAGGACAUAGAUGAAGAUGGCCACCAGAACAACCAGGAUAACUGCCCUUACAUCCCCAACGCUAACCAGGCUGACCAUGACCAGGAUGGUAAAGGAGAUGCCUGUGAUCCUGAUGAUGACAAUGAUGGUGUCCCAGAUGACAGGGACAACUGCCGCCUCAGAUACAACCCUGAGCAGGAGGACUCAGAUGGUGAUGGCAGAGGUGAUAUUUGCAAAGAUGACUUUGACAAUGACAAUGUUCCAGAUAUUUAUGAUGUGUGCCCUGAAAACAAUGCCAUCAGUGAAACUGAUUUCAGAAAGUUCCAGAUGGUCCCUCUGGACCCCAAGGGAACAGCUCAGAUUGAUCCCAAUUGGGUUAUUCGCCACCAAGGCAAGGAACUGGUGCAGACUGCUAACUCUGAUCCUGGAAUAGCUGUAGGCUACGAUGAGUUCAGCUCUGUUGACUUCAGCGGAACGUUCUACGUUAACACAGACCGUGAUGAUGACUAUGCUGGCUUUGUGUUUGGCUACCAGUCCAGCAGUCGGUUUUACGUUCUGAUGUGGAAGCAGGUCACUCAGACCUAUUGGGAGGACAAACCCACCAGGGCUUAUGGCUAUUCUGGUGUGUCGCUCAAAGUAGUGAAUUCAACAACUGGUACUGGUGAACACUUACGAAAUGCUCUCUGGCACACAGGAAACACCCCUGGACAGGUGCGUACUUUGUGGCAUGAUCCCAAGAACAUUGGAUGGAAAGAUUAUACUGCUUACAGGUGGCAUUUGAUUCAUAGGCCUAAAACAGGAUUAAUAAAAGUUCUGGUUUAUGAAGGGAAACAGGUCAUGGUGGAUUCUGGACCAAUCUAUGAUACAACUUUUGCUGGUGGACGAUUAGGUCUUUUUGUCUUCUCUCAAGAGAUGGUCUAUUUCUCUGACCUCAAAUAUGAAUGCAGAGGUUUCUCCCAGCUGCUGGGAGUGCUUCAGCCACCCUUCCACCCAAGUGCCUUCUCACCACCAGGACUCAUGAAACCUAAACGUGAACGUCGGACCCACCACUGA